CAAAUGUUUACAGGCGCUGUGUAAGGACUUGGAAGCAUCUGUGGCCCUCUUGUUUUUAGAAGGCGCGUCAGAUAGCAGCUGAGAGGGGCUUAAAAUUUCAGACGUCUGGCGACGUUUUGGAGUGAACGACAGUCCAGCGCUGACCUGCGGGAACUGCUGAGAGAAUACAUCGUUGCAGAAGGAGAAGCCGCUCAAGAUGACCCGGAGUCCCAAAUGCGCUCGCUGUCGGAAUCACGGCGUGGUUUCGUGUUUGAAAGGUCACAAACGCCUGUGCCGCUGGAGGGACUGCGGCUGCGCCUGUUGCCUGCUGGUGGUGCAGCGGCAGCGCGUCAUGGCCGCGCAGGUCGCACUGAGGAGGCAGCAGGCUGCGGAGGGUAAGAGGGGUGUAAAGUGUGCAACUCAUUCACAGAAGACUUUGUUUCAGCGCUCUACUGGGGCAGUUGAACCAAGUGUGGUGCAGAGCAAGAGCAUCCUGCAAGGGCUAACACCACGGGAAGGCAAGAGUUCAUGUUGUUCAACUAAGACAGAGUGUGACCAUACACACUUUACAAGCUCUGCCAUUAGUGCCCGCAUGAGGAAAAGACGGACAUUUGCUGACAAGGAGCUGGAGAAUGUGAUGCUGGAGCGGGAGCUGAAACAGAGAGAGUUCCAGAGUGACCUUUGCUUUCCCUACAGGACCUUUGUCCCCUCACUUUAUCAAGUGCCUCUACCUAUCACACCAAGUUUGCAGUCAUUCAACAAAGUCCCUUUAUCUGCAGGGACAUCCAGCUUUGGGUCUGUGUGUAAUAAUUUAUUCAAGCCUCGUCAAGACUGGGACUUCCAUUUCUACCACUGCUUUCACUUUAAGAGCACAGCAUUUUCAAAAUGUGACUAUGGUGACUCUCAGUUCCACAAAAGGUCUGGCCACGCCAAAGAUUAUAAGGAUGAAGUGCAGCAUACCUGGAAAGACUGCGAAAAGGAAGAUACAUCAGAGCUCAUACAGCUGCCUAUACAACAAACUCUCAAACACUAUGGUAGCACUUUGUUGGACCUCACCAAAGCUCACUCAAAACCAAGAGAAAUUAGAGCCUCUAGUGUCACACACUCUAUUUUUGUAUCAGAUCAGGAGAUCCUGGAUUUGCCAAAUGUCAAGGCCCCCAGCAGGACCUUUGAUCCGUUAGCGCUGACAGCGAGGGACUGGUGUGCCGACACUCCUGCCGCCUUGACACAUCCACGUGAAGACUCUUUCAAGAGCUUUCCUGGCAGCUCGGGCAGAACUCCAGCUGUGAAGCCACUACCUUUCUCAGUGGAGGCUCUGCUAAGGGCCUGACAAGUCAAUGGAAAGUACUUGGCUUUGUUUAUGUGCAGCGAUCACUAUGACUUUGUAUUACACUGACAGGAGCAGCUUUCUAUUAAAUUUAGAAUGGCACUGGCAGAGUUCAGAUCCAACCCCAAUGCUGAAACCUCCCACAUGUAUUUAAAAAAAUAUAUAUAUAUACACAAUAUAUACUGUGCCAAAAUGUAACAUGUUUUCUAUUAUCCUAGCACCACUCCUUUGCAAAUUGUCAUAAAGAUGUACUAUCUUAUGGUUACAUGAUCAUUAGAAAGCCUAUAUGAUAAAUACGACA